AACAGCUCUAGUGGAGUAGAGAGGGGGCUGCUGCUUCUUCCAUGUGCUGCUGACUCUGUUCACUUGGUCUGUGAAGGUGCUGGAGAAGCUUCUACUCUCUGACAACCUAGAAGAAGACUUGUUACAUUUACAACCUAGAAGAAGACUUGUUACAUUUACAACCUAGAAGAAGACUUGUUACAUUUACAACCUAGAAGAAGACUUGUUACAUUUACAACCUCCUAAGAAGACUUGUUACAUUUCUAUUUUUACCUCUGAGGACCUAACAUCUUAUUAUCUUUUUACAUCAUAUAUUCAUUGAGAUUUUUAGACUGGACCUCAUGCUUUCAAUUCUAAUGUAUUCCACUGACCACCCUGGAAUCCUCCUAACCUGAACUACUACUCUGUAAGAUGAAGACUAUAGCAUCUGUGCUCAUUGUAACUUUCCCUCUUCUACUUUUUGUACAUGGUUUUCACCCAGAAUGUAAGCUGCAGCUGGAAAUUAAGGAUGAGCAAAGGAAAUGUCUGGCAAAGUUGAGUAAGCCGCCACACCCUGCAUUCAGAGUGUCGGGAAGCUCGACGGAGCGAAACAUAUGUAGGGGUGGCAUGUCCCUGGGGUGUUUGGGAGUUUGGGAUAACAUAACGUGUUGGGACCAAGCUAAAUUUGGAGAAACGGUCACUCAGACCUGCCCUUUAGUGCUGAGACAUUUCUUCAGCAAGGACGGAAAUAUUAGCAGGACCUGCACCGUGCAUGGAUGGACUGACACAUAUCCAGAUAUUUUUGAUGCUUGUGGACACAAUGAAAAUGUCACUCAAGUUAAUAAGCUUUCAUUCUAUGUCAUAGUGAAAGCCAUCUACACACUAGGGCACAGUGCCUCUCUGAUAGCUCUCACAAUUGGAAGUGCAAUUCUUUGUUUAUUUCGAAAACUUCACUGUACAAGAAACUACAUCCAUUUGAACUUGUUCCUCUCUUUCAUUUUGAAAGCUAUCUCAGUAUUAAUGAAGGACGAUUUCCUCUAUUCCGGUUAUUAUCCUUGUCCAGAGUCUCUGACUGGCUGUAAGAUCAUAUUAGCGUUUGUUCAUUACUGUGUAACAGCAAAUUUCUACUGGCUGUUGGUUGAAGGCCUAUAUCUGCAUACUCUACUGGUGGUUAUAUUCUCUCCAAACAGACAUUUUAUCAUCUAUCUCCUCAUUGGAUGGGGUAUUCCUACUGUUUGUAUUAUUGUAUGGAUAUUCACAAGAAUUUAUUUGGAAGAUACCGGAUGCUGGGAUACCAAUGAACGUAGUAUUCCAUGGUGGGUCAUAAGGAUACCAAUUAUUAUUUCCAUUAUUGUAAACUUUUGUCUAUUUAUUAAUAUCAUUCGAAUUUUGCUGCAGAAGCUGCGCUCUCCUGAUGUGGGUGGCAAUGACCAGUCACAAUUCAAGCGACUCACAAAAUCUACCCUUUUGCUCAUACCACUGUUUGGAGUUCACUAUAUGGUAUUUGCUGUAUUUCCAAUGGCAAGUUUUAGUGAAUGUCAGAUAUGGUUUGAACUUUGCAUUGGAUCAUUUCAGGGAUUGGUGGUCGCAAUUCUAUACUGUUUCCUGAAUACAGAAGUUCAAGGAGAAUUAAAAAGAAAAUGGGGGAGUCUUUAUCUGAACAGAUACUUAAACCGAGAUUACCGCCUCCACAGUCUAUCCAUUUCCCGUAAUGGCUCUGAAUGUGUAUCUCAGUUCAAAAGAAACUCAAGGGCGCCAUCCAUCAUGCAAACGGAAACAACAGUCAUUUAACAUCUACAAGUCUUAGGCAAGCAACAGUGGUGCAAAGGACUAAAUAUAACCUGCAGAGAUGAAUGGGAUCAGCUAAAUACAUCUGUACAGUUAGUCAGGGCUACUGCAGCCCAGAUGACCAAUGGGCUUCUCUAUGAACUUCAAGACUUCAUUAUAACACUUUAUGCUCUUUAGGCUUUUACUACCAUUUAUUUUAAUCUAAUUUAUUAUAACAAUGUAUCUUUGUCUAUGUUUUGUGGAUGUAUUCAGUUUAUUUGAGCAUUUAAGUUUAUACUCAUAUGUAGAGAUGAGCGAACUUACAGUAAAUUCGAUUCAUCACGAACUUCUCAGCUCGGCAGUUGAUGACUUUUCCUGCA